AAUAGAUCGAAUUGUAUAGAUUAAAUGAAUUAUUAGUGAAAGUAAAUGUAAGAUGCAAGUAUAUAGAAAGCAGUGAAAGUACAAUAUAAUUGGUUGGUUGACCUCAAAAGUACUUGAGAGUAUUUCAUACUUUUAUAUAAAAAAAAAUAGGAAUUUAAUGCUAAUUACGAAGUAUGGUUAUAUCCUCGACAUUUUUAUUGUUUCAUAUAGUAAAUAGGAUUGAAAAUAUCGAUUCGUCAAGUUCGAAUAAAUGUUAAAAGAGGGGGUUUAGUCAACGUUACUAAAAAUACGUCGAAAGUUACAUGCGUUAGUUCUCUAUUGGGAGCGGAGAGUGAAUGUGUUUGUAAUUUCAAUCACGUGAAUAUUUACGCGAGAAUGAGUGCAUCGGAUAAUAUAAUAUACGACAGUGACGAUCAAGAUGAUUUUCAAGAUGCCGAAGAUACUCCCGUUAGCGAAAACAUGCCGUUGUAUCAAGCCCUGGAAGAGGCUAAAAAAGGGGUGGAUUUCUUUUUUAAUAAUCAAUUCGUAGAAGCGAAAAGCCUAAUGACACCUUACGCCAAUAUAAGUAUGUACCAUUCUUUGGGUCACUCGUUAUUUUUAUACAUGGAAGCCAUGUUAACAUUCGAACCGGACGCCAUUAAAGAAGCUUCGAGAGCUUUAAAACAAACGAUGAACGUCUGUAAUCGUUACCGAAAAAAAAACACUUUCGGCGAAUCUCUCGGAAAAAUGGUGAAAAAAGUGAAUUUCGAAUUAUUUAGUUCGAUAGAAGCGCACGCGGAGCUGUGUCACGCCGAAAGUUCGUUAUUAAAAUCGUUGUUGACGUUCGUCGAAGACGAAACUCUGGCGAGUUUCAUAAAAGCCGGGAUAAAAAUUAGAUCGUGCUUCAAUUCGUACAAAGAGUGUUAUCAAAUUUUAAUAAAAAAAAAUUGGGAAAAAGACCCUACCAAGGAGCAUUUCGAAGGGGGGGUGAGAGUGGGGAUAGGCGUUUUCAAUUUGAUGAUAUCGAUGUUACCCGGUAGAGUGAUCAAACUGCUGGAAUUUAUCGGUUUUUCGGGAAGCAAACAAAAAGGUUUACAAGAAUUGUAUUUGGGUUGCGAGACCCGCGGUAUCAGGCAAGUACUUUCCAUUAUGGCUAUAUUGGGUUACAAUUUAAUAGCUUUGCACGUGUUGAGUCAUCGAGAAGGAGAUAUCAAACAAUGCACGGAUAUAAUUGAUAAAAGACUCGAGAAAUACCCGAAAAGUGUGUGGUUUUUAUUUUUUAAAGGUAGAUUAGAAUUGCUUAAAGGAAAUCUCGAUGCCAGUAGAAAUUGGUACGAGAAAAGUUGGAAAUCGCAGAAUUUGUGGCCGCAAUUUCAUCACAUAUGUUUCUGGGAACUUGUUUGGGUGCACUGUUUACGUUUAGAAUGGAGGGAGGCUCUAAUAUAUUCUUCUGAAUUAUUGCAACACAGCAAAUGGUCUCGUACUAUGUACAGUUACCAGAAAGCGGCCAUUUUAUUGAUGUUGAAAGAAGAUUCGAUAGAUACCGUAGAAAAAGAAGAAAUCGAUAAAUUAAUGAAAGACGUACCGAAAUAUAAACAGAGAAUCGCCGGAAAAUCGUUACCUAUGGAAAAAUUCGCGUUGAAAAAAGCGGAACGUUAUUUUUAUCAAAACGGUAAUUUAAUACUACCGGUAAUAGAAUUAAUGUUUCUAUGGAAUUUAUUCAAGAUAUUCAAUAACUUUUCUAUAUCUAGUAAAAUGUUGAAAUUAAUUGAAAAAACAGUGGAAAAUUUAGAAUCGAACGCUAAAACUACAAAAUACGAUAACGACAAUAAAGCUUUAGCUCUACUUCUACAAGGGGCUUGUCUAAGGCAUAUGGGAAGCCCUUUGUUAGCCCUAAAUUGCUUCGAAACCGUCAUUUCAAUGAAUAAAUCUCUAGUAGAAGACCAUUAUAUAAUUCCUUACGCAAUCGUCGAGCUCGCUUUAGUCGAAUGGAGUAACGGUAAUAGACAAAAAGCGAUUCUAGCUUUAGAAGAUGCUAAAAAGAAUUACACUGGUUAUUCGCUAGAAUCGAGGUUACAUUUUAGGAUACAUACGGCUUUAACCGAAUUUAAAACCGAAAUGAAAAGUAUUUAAAUAUGUUUACGGGUGAUAAUUGGUAUUUUAAGAAUGUUUUUAUUUGUUAAAUGUAUAGGUUUGCGUUAAUAAAUAACCGUUAUUUUUUAACUAGUUGAUAUAUCGACGGGAAUUCCCAUCUCGUACGUUUACUUACGAGUGUGCGUAUUUAAAAAGUUUUUUUUAUCUAAUAAUUAUGUGCAAAUAAAGCUAAAAAUGAUUCUUAACUAUUUAACUAUUCGAAUGUAUUUACUUAUGAGUAGAUUAAAAUUUGAACGGAACUAAAAAAUCCCUAUUGAAGGUUGAUAACUAACGUUUCCAUUUCUGACCAAUAGCGGCGUCGUUAUCCACCUGCUAAUACUCGUUUGUAUCGUUUUUUACUACUAAAUCGAAUAUUUUAGCUUCUCCAAAUAAUAUACUGUUAAAAUAUUGCAGUAAUAAGUUUUUAAUUGUUCGUAAAAAUAAUUAUUGUUAUUGGGGAAAAGCAAUUAUAAACCCGUGCAGUUUUUAAAUGUUUUAUAAUUAUAUAAUGUAAAAAUAAAUACUCUUUUAUUAUUAA